AAAGUCGACGAAAGAGAAGAAGAAGCAAUGCUCAAGUUAAAACAUCCAAACAUCGUAAAACUUCUUCACUGUGAAAAGGAUAACCACUUUAUGUACUACGCAUUGGAAUUAUGUGUCGCUUCUUUAGAUCAACUGUUUUUGAAGUCGGAUAAUCCUAAAAAUACGAUGGACGUAUGCCACGUCAAAUCGUAGUUUUUUCCCAAUUAGCUUCAGGACUGGAACACAUCCAUUCAGAGCAUUUAAUCCAUCGGGACAUUAAACCGAGUAACAUCCUCAUCAUGAAAAGUCCUGGCAAAAAUGAAGAGAUAAUAAUCAAAUGGUCUGAUUUUGGACUGGCCAAAUCCGUCAAUGAAAAAGGAUUACACUCGUGGACUGGUGCGAGAGGAACCAGAACUUGGUACGCACCGGAAGUGCUGGAAAAGCUCAUCAAAGAAGAAAAGGCGGAACAGGAUGAGUUUUGGGGCACCGUCCAGAGCGAUGUGUUUGUCCUGGGACUCGUUUUCGGUUACCUUUUCUUGAAGGGAGAACAUCUUUACGGUUCCAGCGAAACAGAAAUUCAUGAAAACAUAAUUGAAAAAAAUCCGGUGAAUAUGCAAAAAAUUAAUGGUGAAUUGCACAACUAUUAUAAGGAUGACUUACUAAGGAAAAUGUUGGAAGACGACCCGAAAAAAAGAAUAACUUCGAAAGAAGUCGUCGAACAACUGGAAUCCAUCAACAAUAAGUUCAUUAAAAAAAAGAAGAAGAAUUGCGUCAACUAUGUGCCCGUGACUCUUCGUCUGGUCUAAUAGAAAAAAUCAACGACUUAAUCCAACUGGGAAUUGAUGUCAAUGCAAAGG